UCUAAAAUCAACUUUAAAAAAAGAACAACUGAAAUAUAGCAAUUCUUUUAUUUAAAACUGUUUACAAGCUUUACUAUAUAACAAAGUUCACUAAGUUUUUUUGGUGGCAUUAAAGAUACCAAAAACUUGAAAAGAGAGCAAACUUCUGUUGGAAUUUGAGUGAAAUUUAUUAAUAAAAGUAAAUGAAUAUAAAAAUUUUAAUGCAAAAAUUAUCCUUGAGAUAAGCUAAAAGUCUCACAGGUAUUUAGAUCCCUCACCCUGGGCACCGCCCCCCACCCCUGUCUUUUGAUGUUAUUAAGCCUCCUUAAAGCUUUUCUGAAUGAGAUGUAACAAGAACACAGUUGCUGGUACUAAUGUAUUAAUGACUGCUCUUAAGUCGGUCUUCCUAAAAUUGUUUUUACUCAGAAAUUGGACAUUUGCAUAAUGACACCGAUGAAACUACAAUUUUAGGUCAGCCUCAAAGCUGUAGUAUUAGCGUUAAUUUUAGACACAGUACUUGCUCAGCUUCCAGCUCUCUGAGGGGAAGAUUGAAAUAGAGAGACAUGAGGCAAGAAGGCAGUAGGAUUCAUACCCAGGCCUGUCUGACCCAGAGCCUUGUUCUCCUCCACAGCAUGGUACCUUUCACAGAGUAGAUACUUGACUGAGUACAUGUUGAAUGAAGUCACUAACCUAGAAAAAGUCAAAAUUCUUCUGCACCUUAUAUCCUUGAGAUUACAGAAUACCUGUACUAUUGCCGACUCUCAGUACAAUAUUCAGUGAAUAUUUGUUGAGUUAAUAAGUAUACAUUAAAGUGCUAUCGAUGCUCUUAAUUGUUUUAGUGUUUUGUUUGUGUUAACACCGAAUGUAUGCAUUUUCACUAAUUUAAUUGAUUGCAACUAUAGUUACAGAUGUGCUGUCAUCUUGGUCUUCUAUCUAGUUGCAUUAAUUUUGGUUACCAUAAAACUGCUUUUCAUUUAAAUUAGAAGGGUCCUGGGAACCUUUAACCUCUUCAUGUCAUUAUUUCAAAUACAGGAUAUUUAAAACCUGGAAAUUUUUACAGAUUAACUGUUGGCUUUCAUACUGCUGUACUCCUAUUUGGAAGGAAACUAAACUUAUCUAGUCAAAUUUAACUCCUGAUACUUACGUAAGCAUCACAACCACACAGCUGCCACUGUUACUUCCAUUAAUUAUUACAUGCCAAGCGCUGUACAUUGUACACUUUGCUUCUAUGAAUCCUCAUGUUUGAUGCAUUAUUUGAAUUAUUAUUUAUCCCCACUUUGAGACUGAGGAAACUUGGGGUCAAUGAGAAUAAACAAGUUAAGGCAGCAAAUUCUAGACUGGAGCUCAGAUCUGUCUGAGCCAUGCCUGUACUCUUUCCACUGUACCAUACUGUCCUCAACAACAUUUGUCUCUGCUUCCACACAGGGCAUUCAUUAUCCCCCGAAUGAGUUUCAUUUUAAACAACUUAUCACUAGAAGAAAAAAAAAAUUGAGAAACUGAUCUGAAGAUAUACAAUCCAGAGUGUUUGGAGAGGUUACCUCUAGGAAGAGGUAUGCAAUCUAAGGUCUCUAAUUAAUAGAAGAUGGCAAAGCCCAGCCACAGCAGCUACGUCCUUCAGCAGCUAAACAACCAAAGGGAAUGGGGUUUUCUCUGUGACUGUUGUAUUGCAAUUGAUGACAUUUACUUUCAAGCACACAAAGCUGUUCUAGCUGCUUGUAGCUCUUAUUUUAGAAUGUUUUUCAUGAACCAUCAGCAUAGUACUGCACAACUGAAUCUCAGCAACAUGAAAAUUAGUGCUGAGUGUUUUGAUCUCAUUUUGCAAUUUAUGUAUUUAGGAAAAAUUAUGACUGCUCCCUCCAGUUUUGAGCAGUUUAAAGUGGCAAUGAAUUACCUACAGCUGUACAAUGUUCCCGACUGCUUAGAAGACAUACAGGAUGCAGAUUGUUCUAGUUCAAAAUGUUCAUCUUCUGCUUCUAGCAAACAGAACAGCAAAAUGAUAUUUGGGGUAAGAAUGUAUGAAGAUACUGUGGCCAGAAAUGGCAGUGAAGCCAAUAGGUGGUGUGCAGAGCCAAGUUCAACAGUAAAUACACCACAUACCAGAGAGCCUGAUGAAGAGUCUUUACAAUUAGGUAAUUUUCCUGAACCACUAUUUGAUGUGUGUAAAAAAAGUUCUGUGUCCAAAUUAUCUACUCCAAAAGAACGUGUGUCACGACGCUUUGGACGAAGUUUUACCUGUGAUAGUUGUGGAUUUGGCUUUAGCUGUGAAAAAUUAUUAGAUGAGCAUGUGCUAACCUGUACUAACAGACAUUCAUACCAAAACACGAGAUCCUAUCACAGAAUAGUAGAUGUUAGAGAUGGAAAAGACAGCAAUAUCAAAGCUGAAUUUGGUGAAAAGGAUUCUUCUAAGACCUUUUCUGCACAGACAGACAAAUACAGAGGAGACACAAGCCAGGCUGCUGAUGAUUCGACUUCAACCACUGGAAGCAGAAAGAAUAGCACGGUGGAGUCUGAACUAGCUAGUGAAGAAAAAAGCAGAGCUGCUGAGAGGAAAAGAAUCAUCAUCAAGAUGGAGCCAGAAGAUAUUCCUACAGAUGAACUGAAAGACUUUAACAUUAUUAAAGUUACUGAUAAAGAUUGUAAUGAGUCCACUGACAACGAUGAAUUAGAAGAUGAACCUGAAGAACCAUUUUAUAGAUACUAUGUUGAAGAAGAUGUCAGUAUUAAAAAAAGUGGUAGGAAAACUCUAAAACCUCGGAUGUCGAUAAAUGCUGAGGAGAGAGGUGGUUUAGAAAAUACGAGGCCCCCUAACAAUAGCAGUCCAGUACAAGAGGAUACUGAAAAUGCAUCUUGUGAGCUCUGCGGACUCACAAUAACUGAGGAGGACCUGUCAUCUCAUUACUUAGCCAAACACAUUGAAAAUAUCUGUGCAUGUGGUAAAUGUGGGCAAAUACUUGUGAAGGGUAGACAGCUUCAGGAACAUGCUCAAAGAUGUGGAGAACCCCAAGAUCUGACAAUGAAUGGGUUAGGAAAUACUGAGGAGAAAAUGGACAUGGAAGAGAAUCCUGAUGAGCAGUCUGAAAUAAGAGAUAUGUUUGUUGAAAUGUUGGAUGAUUUUAGGGACAAUCAUUUCCAGAUAAAUAGUAUCCAAAAAAAGCAGUUAUUUAAACAUUCUGCCUGUCCUUUUCGGUGCCCUAAUUGUGGCCAGCGUUUUGAAACCGAAAAUCUAGUGGUUGAACAUAUGUCUAGCUGCCUAGACCAAGAUAUGUUUAAGAGUGCCAUCAUGGAAGAAAAUGAAAGAGAUCACAGACGAAAGCAUUUUUGUAAUCUGUGUGGAAAAGGAUUUUAUCAGCGGUGUCACCUAAGAGAACACUAUACUGUUCACACGAAGGAAAAACAGUUUGUGUGUCAGACAUGUGGAAAGCAGUUUUUAAGAGAACGUCAGUUGCGACUGCACAAUGAUAUGCACAAAGGCAUGGCCAGGUAUGUCUGUUCCAUUUGUGAUCAAGGAAACUUCAGAAAACAUGACCAUGUGCGGCAUAUGAUUUCUCAUUUAUCUGCUGGUGAGACUAUAUGCCAGGUCUGCUUUCAGAUAUUCCCAAAUAAUGAACAGUUGGAACAGCACAUGGAUGUUCAUCUGUAUACAUGUGGAAUAUGUGGAGCAAAAUUUAAUUUGAGGAAAGAUAUGAGAUCACAUUAUAAUGCCAAGCAUUUGAAAAGAACAUAAGUCAUUUUCUAUUCUAAUGUUUAGUUGAUAGCAGACAAAACACCAAAGCAAAGGAUAUGAGCUAUUUAGAAAUUGAUUUUCUAAGCUGAAUUGUUAGAAAAAAAUUUCAAGGCCCUUUUACCUUAAAUAUUUUUGUUUAGGAUCUUAAGUAUCUACAUUUUAGGUGUUAUUAAAUGUUUAUCAUUUUUGUUUUUUCUUAAUAGAAUUCUUUGUUUUUAGUUUGUUUUAGCUAUGAUUAAAAUUACUUUUAAAUGUAGACUACAAGUGGUUGUUACCCCUUUAAUGACUAUUAAACUUUAGUUUUUUUAUCAAUAAGGUAAUGACUUCACUAUUUCUAUGUGUUUUUUUUUUUUUUUAAGGUUAUCCUGUGAAAUUUUAAACCCAACAUCAUUGGCCAUUCCUGUUUAAAAUUUAAAAAGCUUUUUUAAAGUAAUUAGUUAUUUGAAGUUAUCCCAUUCACUGUUAGCUUUUUUUUUUUUUUUCCUUUUUGGUAAGUUGGACAGUGAUUUAGCCACUGUUUAUUCCCCCUUCUUAUCAAUGAAAUUCAUAUUCUCAUUAGGCAGGUUAGGUGCACUGAAUCUAACCUUGAAGGUUGACAUGGGCUCAAACUUGGCCUAAAAAAAUUGAUGGACCUAAGGAAAUUCCUAUAAAUGAUUAUUUUCCUAUAAUUGAUAAAAUAUUAUCAUUUAAUAAUCACAUUUAAAACUUAUAUUAAGUGUAAAACCCAAUGACUUUACCCCGUUUGAGAAAUUCAUGGGGACAAGUCAUUUUGUUUUGUGAUAUUAAAUUUAACUAUGAUAGUUAAUUAAAAAGAUAUCUUGUAUUCAUUUAAAAUAAUUUAAAAUAUUCUGAUUUCUAAAGUGUGUUAGUUUAUCAAUUAUUUUUGUUUAUAUAAAUAGAUUUUAAUAGUUCUCUAGGAAUAUGACAUCUAAAGGAAAAUGAUUUUUCACCUUUAAAAUUACAUACUUUUGGAACUUAAUUUGAGAAAGCUGCCAUGUAUAUUGAUAAAGCUAAUAAAAUAAAGAAAUCAAUUACAAAUCUGAUUGUUCUAUAAAAGUAGAAUGUGCAAAAAAAAUGUCUUGUGUUUUAUACUAUUUAAGACUUGGAGAAAAUGUGAUUUGGCAAAUUGCUUUUAUCACCAUGCUUUUUUUUUUUUCUUUAAAGGACUACAAAAUUUGAGGACUAUAAAAUAAUCACAGAGCAUAUGAAUGGAAAUAGUUUAUCAUUUUUUAGUUAAAGUAGUAUUACUGUUAGUUGUUGCUGACAUAGGGUCUACAUGAAUUACAUGUGAAUUAAAACACUGGCUAACUGACCCGCCAAUAAACACAACUAUUGAAUAGAA